AUUGGUUUUGCUGGGUAUAGGGAAGCGAUACCGCAGAAGGGCCGCGCGACGCCGGCGAUCCGGCGGAGUUUCUACACGUCACGCUCAGGGCGUGUGGAGUGGCACCCGCUAGCAGGCACAUUGGCAUUCUCAGUGACGACUUCAGAUCCGAAUCCCAGUGUUCCUGAGAACUCGGGGGUUAACCUCAAAUGUGCUUAUUCCUCUGAUUUUGGGACCCCCCGAGUUGAGUGGAAAUUCAAGAAUAUGCAAGGGUCCCAAGGAUAUGUUGUCUAUGACAAUAAGCCCACCGAAAAGUAUGUGGGUCGUGUUGACGUUUACAAUGGUGGACUGACAUUCAACAAAGUGACCCGGCAAGAUAAUGGGGUUUAUAGCUGUGAGGUCUCCGGCAACAAUGGCUACGGGGAGGUGGAAAUCAAGCUAACUGUGCAAGUGCCCCCGUCUGUGCCCAUGUGUGGCAUCCCUCCCACGGUUACCACAGGGACACGCGUAGUCCUGACCUGCCUAGACAGGGACGGGUCCCCACCGAGCAGUUACAAGUGGUACAAAAAUGGUACCCCCAUGCCAGAAGACCCUAGCAAGUUUAGCAACUUAAAAAACUCUACCUACAGCAUCCACCCCCAGAUGGGCCAUCUGACCUUUGCCAGUGUGGCGAAAACGGACUCAGGGGACUACUACUGCACUGCCAGUAAUGGCAUUGGCUCUCCUCAGAGCUGUGCCAAAAUGCUCAUGGAAGUCAAGGACCUCAAUACUGGGGGCAUUGUGGCUGGUGUCAUCAUAGCCCUGCUUGCAGUGGCACUGCUGAUAUUUGGACUGUGGUUCGCCCGCCGCAAAGGAUACCUUCCCAGUAAAUCCAAACAAAGCAACAAGCAAGUAUACGCACAGCCAGCCAUGAAUUACCACGACGAUGCUGAUGGAGAAUUCAAGCAAAAGUCAUCAUUUGUGGUGUGACGGCAAGCUGGGCUGGGAUCGACUAACGGCACUGUGCCGCUGGGAAGUCGUGUGGGAACUGGCUCGUUGUUGAUCAUUUGUAAUUAUUUUUUUUUUCCUGUUUUACGUUUUUAAUUGAGUGUCUUGUAUCCUGCUAUCAUGUUACAUUUAUGGCUAUCGGUCCAUUUUGUUGGGAGUGGCAAAAAGGUGUCUGUGUGUGUGUGUGUGUGUGUGUGUCUGUGUGUGUGUCUGUGUGUGUGUGUCUGUGUGUGUGUGUCUGUGUGUGUGGUUUCUUUUAAUAUAUUUUUUACAGGCUGUUACAUGCAAAACUAUUGCCUCUUGUACUGAUGUCAUUGGUUUUUUUGCGUUUAUUGGUCAUCAAGAUAUUUUGGAUGCACACAAAAGUCGUUUAGACCCAUUUGCAGAUAUUUAAACAGAAUACACACCAAAAAAAAGGAGAAAUUAGCAUUCAUUAUACAUCCGUCAUUCCAAGACUGUAAAAACACAUAAACCUGGAAUAACCAGUGCCAGUCAACACUUCCAUGAUAGCAACAUGGAACUGAGGGCUUUGGCUACUAAAUCUGUAAAAACAUCACCCAUGUCAUGAAGGAGAUCUUCUCUAGUGUUUGGGGAGUAAAUGUAUAGAACGACUGUGCUGUGUUGUAGCAUGUCUCAUUGGGUAUAAUCGCAUCACCUUCCCCAAGCAUCCAACCAAUGCCUUAAUUUGUAGUGUUUUCUGAUUAGUGUGCUGUAUGAAGUCAGUAGGCCACUUCAUCUCUACUGGACAAAAUGAUAGGUGUUUGGUUGUCAGGUAGCCAGACCCAAGCGUUGGUAUGCCAACAAAACAAAUGAGUUAAAAAUAGCUGUCUUCCUGCUGUUUAUGACUUACUGAUACAUCUCUCAUUCUAUCACUGUGAUAUUUGAAUUUUUUUAAGGAUUCCUUUUUCUUUAAUAUACAUAAUUUUUUUUUUCCUGUUUUACGUUUAUUUACGGUUAUUGUUUAUCAGAACCCUUGAAAUUGCUUUUUAGAAAUAUGCUGUGACAAUGUGUUCACACUGGGGAGAGCAAAUAGUCUUUCGUGUGUGACAACAUAUGUUGAAUAAUUUGGUCAUGAUUUUGUUAAUAAAUGUGUUUUACUGAA